CUUACCCACAACCAAACACUGCCUUACAUGAUUUCUGCUUAGGCCUAAAAAAUGUCUUCUUCCCAUGCCUCCGAAGUCCUAGUUGCUUUUUUGUACGUCCAGUUGUUGAGUUUUACUUUGGACUAUUGCCCAAUUUUUUGGGCCCUUUCCUUUUACUCUCUCUGUUAAUAAACUUUCUGCCCCUCGCAAAAAGCAAGCCUAUCCCAUUAACACAUGGCACACCACUAAUCCCUUAGAUUAAUUAACUCAGCUUGUGAAAAGGAAUCAUAUGUUUCUUCAAAAGAGCUUCUUGCUUUCUACUUAGGGCUAAAUGUACAGAUCUUUAGCCUUAAACACUCAUUUUCCAAAGAUAAAACUUGCUUUACUCAAGUGGGUUUUUCAGUUUUUGUGGAAAAACUAAAAGCCAGCAAUCAAAAUCAAAGAUUCUUAAGAGUUUCUUGCUGAAUUUUUCUUUCAUUCUUAGUAGCUAGCCAUUGAGUAAAAAUCAAGUCUUUUUGAGAGUUGGGAGCUAGGAUGAUUCAGUUAUUGUUUUUGGUUCUUUUUGCUGAGGGCGUUAUGGCAUUCCUUCUUUUGGUAAAGAUUGGACCUCUGAGAGAGCUUGUCAUAAAGAGUUUAGAUCAGUUGAAGAUGGGUAAAGGCCCUGCUACUAUGAAAACCAUUGCUGGUACCAUGUCAGUGAUUCUUUUAUCAAGUCUCAUGAGUAUUGUCAAGAUCCAGAACAAGGGGGCAAAGCUUGGUACUAUGUCACCUAUGGAUCAGGUUCUGUGGAGAACCCACUUGCUUGAAGCUUCACUCAUGGGUUUUACCCUAUUUCUUGGGUUCAUAAUUGACCGUAUGCACCAUUAUCUUAGAAAACUUAUUGCGUUGAGGAGUAAUGUGGGAUCUGCGAAAGAGGAAGUUGAACGACUUCAGAAAGAGAGAAUUGAGCUUAAAGAGAAGGAUGACAAAGCUUCCAAGGAGAUAAAGCUACUGAAAGAAGAACUUUCUACUCUAUCAGAGAAUUUGAAGAAGCUGAAGUUGGAAUCUGAGGAGAAAGACAAAAAGAUUGAAACUGCUGAAGCACAUGUUGCUUCCCUUCAGAAACAAGCUGCAGAUUUGCUACUUGAGUAUGAUCGCUUGUUAGAAGAUAACCAAAAUCUUCAGAUCAAGCUCUAGGAUACAAGACUUGAGAAAUUUUCCAAGGACUUGAAGAAAGUAGAGUUUGGGGAAUGUUGGUUGGAGUUUGUGAAGGAGGUAAAUUGGGUCUGUGCACUGAGGGAAACUAGCUUUGUCUGUGAACUGUUGAAAAUUUUGUAAUUCUCCUGAAUCUAGAAUUUGAUUAGUUUGUUCAUCCUUUUGUG